AGCAGAGAACCAAACCGGACCCCUAAUGUCCUCGAUGGAUCCUCUGUUCAAAGCCUCCAAUGGGACCGUGGACACUCUUCUGUUUUCAUACAACAUUGGAUCUGAAACUGGUGCUGCAUGUUGUGUUGCAGCUGAUCUGAGACCAGUGUCCGCUCUGAAUGUGACACAUUUGUUGUCUUCAGAUGUGACCAACGUCACUGCAGAACCCGGACGGGAUGCGACGCUGCCGUGUACCGGUUCUGUCCACACUGACAUCCUGACAGUGGAGUGGAGACGAGCGGAGGAGAUCGUGUGCGUCAACACUCGACCCGAGAGCAGCGCCCAGUGUGAAAAUGAAGCCCUGCCAUCGUUGCAGAACCGGGUCCAGCUGAGCAGCGGUUCCAAGGAGAGAGACGUGUCUUUGGUUCUGAACAACGUGACGAAUGAAGAUGACGGAACAUACGAGUGUUAUGUUCAACACACGAUUGUGGGAGGAAACCACAGAGAGAGGCCUGAUGAAAUGACUCUGCUCUGCACCGUCCACCUGCAGGUAGAACCAGCGCUGCCGUGUACCGGUUCUGUCCACACUGACAUCCUGACUGUGGAGUGGAGACGAGCGGAGGAGAUCGUGUGCGUCAACACUCGACCCGAGAGCAGCGCCCAGUGUGAAAAUGAAGCCCUGCCAUCGUUUCAGAACAGGGUCCAGCUGAGCAGCGGUUCCAAGGAGAGAGACGUGUCUUUGGUUCUGAACAACGUGACGAAUGAAGAUGACGGAACAUACAAGUGUUAUGUUCAACACAACAAUGUGGGAGGAAACCACAGAGAGAGGCCUGAUGAAAUGACUCUGCUCUGCACCGUCCACCUGCAGGUAGAACCAGGUGGGUCAGAACCAGGUGGGCAAGAAACAGCUCAGAUCUGA